CAACAGUGCAACACCAUUAAGUCACGAAUGCAACAAUAAUAUAAAUAUACUUAAAACACUGUAUAUUUACUCAUCGUAUGAGGUGAAUAAUUUUAAAUUAAAUACCAAAAAUAAGUCAAUACCUAUGUCGGAACGACUGACGCCGAUUCGUCUACCCAAUACUCUCAAUUAUCCAAUUGAAAUAGCAAAAUGUCUAGUGCCAGCAGGUACUUAUGUGAAGAGACAUACUCCACUUCUUCUGUACCGAUUCUUUACAAAGGUGAAGCAAGAUCGGGAUGACGGCACCGAAGAGUAUGUGGAUCGUGAAUUUAUUGAGCAGUUUGAAUGUCCAGUGGAAGGAGAAUUAGUUCAGUGGGAAGUAAAAAAUGAUGAACAACUUGACAGUAAUUUAAAAGUAAUAGCCAAGUUACAUGAGCCUUGUACUCAUGAAGUCCACUACGGAGGGUUGUGUGCUAUUUGUGGAGAAAAUAUUACUAGUCAAGAUUACAUGGGAUACUCUGAUAUGGCAAGAGCGAAUAUCAGUAUGACCCACGACACCGGUGGUUUGACUGUAAGCUUGGAUGAGGCCAAUCGUAUAGAAGAACAAAAUGUGAUCCGGUUGCGAAACGAACGAAGACUUUCUCUUAUUGUUGAUUUAGAUCAAACCAUUAUACAUGCAACAGUGGAUCCAACUGUUGGAGAAUGGAUGUCUGACCCUUCAAAUGCAAACUAUCAUCUGCUGAAGGACGUUCGAUCAUUCUAUCUACAGGAAGGAUUUAGAACUUAUUCUUCUCGUUAUUACAUAAAGUUACGUCCUGGUUUGCAAGAAUUUUUGGCACGAAUUAGUAAUAUGUAUGAAUUGCACAUAUAUACUAUGGGUACGAAAGCAUACGCCAAAGAAAUAGCGAAGCUCAUUGAUCCUGAAGGAAAAAUAUUUCAGGACCGUGUGCUGUCUCGAGAUGAUAGCGGAAGCUUAACCCAGAAAAGUCUCCAGCGACUGUUUCCUUGUGAUACUAGCAUGGUCGUCAUAAUCGAUGAUCGUGGUGACAUAUGGGAUUGGAAUCCGAAUCUCAUCAAGGUCGUACCUUUUGAAUUUUUUGUUGGAAUAGGAGAUAUUAACAGUAACUUUCUUGCUAAGCCCACACCUCUUCCUGAACAAGAAAGUACUUCACCUAUCGAAACUCCACAUGAACAGGAGGAAAGUGUAGACGUGAAUACCAAUCAGGAUGCUGUCUUGCCUGAUUCUUCUUCGUCACAAAGCACUUCUACAAUUCCAGAACGUACUCUUUUAAAAGAGACUUUUCUUCAAGACAAGCAAGCUUUGGAGGAACAAAACAAAGAGAGGUUUACUGCCUUGCAAUUACAAAAAUCAGAACGUCCUUUGGCGAAGCAACAAAAUGCAUUACGUGAUGAGGAUGAACAUCAACAUUCUUUACUACAUGAAGGCGACAAAGAAUUGUUGCAUUUAGAAAGAAUUUUAACAAGGAUUCAUCAAGCCUAUUACGACGAAGAAUCAAGAAACGAAAACCAGAAGAACAAAGUACAUGCUAAUGUGGAACGAAUUAUUCCUUCUAUGAAAUCGAAAGUUUUGAAAGGCUGUAGGAUCCUAUUUAGUGGAGUUAUCCCACUAGGGAUAGAUGUUUUCAGUAGCGAUAUCGCAAAAUGGGCAAUGUCUUUUGGAGCACAGAUUGUCUUAGACUUUGAUCAAUCUCCAACACAUUUGAUUGCUGCAAAGAUACGUACUGAGAAAGUGAAAACUGCAAUAAAUAUGGGAAGCGUUCGAGUUGUUAAACUAAAUUGGCUCACUGACUCAAUUUCGGCAUGGGAACGCCUUUCAGAGUCGAACUAUUUGUUGUACCCUAGUUAUGAUCUUCCAGACAGGGCACUAUCUGAUCACUACUACUCUUCGGAUUCAAAUGACGAACAGAGAACUUACGAAAUAAAUGAACGUGAGCUAGACGAUAUUGAUUGGAACGAAGCUGAUCGUGAUGUUGAAGAUGCGUUAGGAGAUUUGAGCGAUGGCGAUGAUAAUGAAGAAAAUUCUUUAGAAACUGUUGAGACAUCAUCACCAGUGGAGACCGAAUUAGAUUCAAAAAAACGAAAAAGCAACGAUGAAGUUACUUCCAAACCCGACGAUGAGAAACGCAAAAAACUCAAUGAUCCAAAGAGCGUGGAAGAAAUCUCAAAUAAACAACAGAAAAGUAGUAACGGAAAUGAAUCUGAGGGAUUGGAAGAUCUUGCUGAGUUGAUGGAAGAAGAACUCUCCAAGUAAAAAAAAAAAAGAAAAAGGUAAAAAACUCAUCAGGGUUUUCUUUUCACUUCUUUUCUUAUUUCCUAAUUCAGCAAAUUACUUCGAAAACUUUGCUCAUGUGAACAUAGCAUGCAUGCAAUAUUGAAGCAGAAAAAUAAAAGGCAUUGGCAUCUUCCAUUAUAAAUGAUAAAUUGAUAUGUGCAUUUAAGUAUAGUAAUCUUUUAGGAAAAGCCUGUAGUCUCAC